AUGGACAGCAGUUACGUCAUCGUGUCAGGUGUUUUGAAUAUCGCGCUUGUUCUGUUUUCUUAUAAAGGUACUUAUCUUUCUCCCUUUUUUACGCUUCCCUUUAUUCUUCUCCAUUUUCCUUUCUUCUGUCCCAUGACAAGUCCUCCAGGUAUUGUGCCCUCUGCUACCGAGUACCAACAUCUUGAGAGCACUUAUGGUCUUUCUUCCUUGGAUGGCGUGGAGUUUCCGUCGCCGGGUUCUUCAAUCAUGUCUCCUCCCCUCGGAAAAGUCGGGAUUUACCAGAAAACCCUGGAUGCUGGUCUUCGUCUCCCACUAACCAAAUUUCAAGACGAAGUUCUUCCAAAGGAUGGUUGUAGCAUUCAAAUGUUGACUCCAAAUGUUGUGAAUAAGGUUGUAGCUUUCGAAAUGAUCUGUCGGGCUAACGACUAG